AUGAAACUCUUCUAUGAAAAGCUCGAUGCUCAUAUUCAAAAUAUGAAUGAAAAAUUUCGUAAUAAAUUUGUAAUUAAACAAGCAAUGUAUGAAGGUAUUGUAUUACCACUGAAAGAGGGAUGGGGUUCACCAAAGUUUAAAUUCUGGGCAAAUUCCAAUUUCAAAUUAGUUACAAUCAGGGAACAACAAAUUGUUUAUGGUGCAAAAAAUAAUCAUCCGGUGGUAACGUACGAACAAAUGUAUUCAAAACUAAAAGAAUCCCAUGAACGAGUUGGGCAUCAUGGACGUGAUCGAACGUGGAGAGAAGUGCGUAGUUUUUCAUAA